CGCGCGGGGCGGGGCCGCCCCGGCGGCGGCGCAGAGGGGAGGGAGAGGAGGCGGAUCCAUCAUGGCGUCGAUGCAGAAACGAUUACAAAAAGAACUAUUGGCAUUUCAAAAUGAUCCACCUCCGGGAAUGACUCUAGAUGAAAAGAGUGUACAAAAUUCAAUUACACAGUGGAUUGUAGACAUGGAAGGUGCUCCAGGAACACUCUAUGAAGGGGAAAAAUUUCAGCUUUUAUUUAAGUUUAGUAGUCGGUAUCCUUUUGAUUCGCCUCAGGUCAUGUUUACUGGAGACAAUAUCCCUGUUCAUCCUCAUGUUUAUAGCAAUGGUCAUAUCUGUUUAUCCAUUCUAACGGAAGACUGGUCUCCAGCCCUCUCAGUGCAAUCUGUUUGUCUUAGCAUUAUUAGCAUGCUUUCCAGCUGCAAAGAAAAGAGGCGACCUCCAGAUAACUCAUUUUAUGUAAGAACAUGUAACAAGAAUCCAAAGAAAACAAAAUGGUGGUAUCACGAUGACACAUGUUGAUGCCACCAUUUUGUGAUCCUCGUAGCAGAAGAUAGUCCUACUGAGAAAAUGAGCACUUUGAUCAUUCAGUCUUUGAACUUUAACCUUUGACUGGAAGUGACCUAUAGGCAAUGAAGACUACUUCCUUUGACUGCAUUUUUACUAGUGUGCAUUCUGGGCGCAUGUUGAUCGCUGGUUCAGUCCAUGCAACUGACAUGCUUUUAUUAGUCAUACAGUAUUAAUGCAGGUGUCCAGAAAUGUCAGAAUAAUUCCAUUAUUUUUAUUUUAAGCUUUUGGAAGAAUUCCAGGUCUUCAUAUAUUGUGCAAUAACACUGAGCUCCUUGGCGGUUUUGGUGCAUCCAUUGCCGGCAAUGGACAUUGUACCAGGGAAAGGUUUUGCUUCUGCCACAAAAAAGAUUGACACAUGACAGAGCUUAUGAAAGUUUUGGAUAUAUUUGGAUUAUAAGCAAGGGAUUGACAGUUACCUUAAAUCCAGCCCAUUCUUUUAUAUUUGGAUUCUAUGCACUGUGAACACAAAACUAGCAGCAUAAGUUAACAUGCCUAGCUGAAGGACUGUAAUAAGAUCAUUACGUAUUUAUUAAAUUGUUUAUCUGCUGUCAAAUUGUUUUGACAUGGGCGGUUUUCCAAGUGACACUGGCAGAGAGGUACAAUGUUAUCCCUAUGGUGAAAUAAAACUACUUUUUGUAUAUAGUUAUUCAUAUCUCUGAAGCAAAGGUAUGAGUAAUUUAGGGUAUGAGUGAUUUAAACAAGAAUUUAUUUUGGAGAUAGAGGAUGGCAGUGAUAUAACUGAAUUUGCUGCAGUCCGUAAUUGGGCUUGUAAUUUGUACUUUAGAGCUUUUUCCAAAUAGAUUGCACACUGUUAUUUCCUGCUAGCCAUCAGCAUGAGCCCUACUGCCUACACCAAUAUUUCAUUUAUUUAUGUGUUCGAAAGCAAUCCAUAUAACAUUUUUUUGUUUGCAUUCACUGUUUCUUUUGUGUUGUAUGUCAUGUUUGAAUGUUACAAAACAAUAUUUUGAUUGAAAAGCUUUGUCAGAAGAUAUUUUCAUGUAAAUUAUUUCUUUAUCUUGUAAGCAUCAUCUUGUCUUUUAAUCCUGUAUUAUAAAAAAACAAAAAUACAUUUUUGACAGAGGCUUAAAGUUUUCACAAAAAAGUGUGGACCUUCUUAUUUAAGUUUAGACUAAAGUAUAUUUUCUUAACUUGCUUGACCCACAUAGCCAUGCCAAUUUUUCCAGGCUUUUCUUCACCAAAAAAAGGGGGAAAAAGCCUAAAAUCAGACAUUUUUCUGUGGAGCAACAUUUAUUGAAAUGAUAGUUGUUCUCAGCACUCUUUAAUAUUUUGAUACUGCAAUUAGGAUGUCUUUUUAGGAAGCACUUUUGUAAACUAAAUACCUUUACACAUAUGCAAAAUUUCUAUAAUUUUUUUUUACUCUUGCCUUAUUGUUGCACUCAAAAGUUCAAGCAAUUAAUGCAUGAAUGUCUAAAUCAAGUAAUAGUUUGAUGUAAAAACAAACAAAAGAAAAAAAAAAUCCCUAAACCAAAUUCACAAUGAAUAACUACAAUAAAAACCAGAAAAUUGGCUGAAAA